UAUCAUUUUACUUUUGACAUUUCAGAUUCUUGAAUUUGUUGUUGAAUGUUGAUUACUUUGAUGACUGCGUUUUAUUUUCAAAUUACAUAUUUACAGUAAUCAUAUCACACAAUAAGUGGUAUCUUCCUUUAUGUUUUGAAAAAGUAAUUUUUAUACUAGUGUAUUAUUAGAUGGCGUUUCCUCAGCCUAACGCACAAAGAGGUUAUUUUACUGUUAUUUAUUUUUAUUUUAUUUACAAUUGACUAAUAGGAAGAUAUUAGAAGAAUUGCAGUUGAAGAAACAGAUGCUUUUGAAGCAAGGAGCCGUGGCUCCGCUGACCGCCACCUCGAUAUCCCUCACGCAGCCCAGCCCGGUCAGCCAGCUUCCUAUGUGUUCCAUCCCACCAGUCUCUGCUACUGCCGGUUUCCCACAAUUACCAGAAGCUAACAUAGUAAACACAAGUCACAGAGCGGCGCUGCAGCACGCGAACGCGACGUCCUGCGGGUAUUUCGUAUCACAAGACUCAUCAUUUGGCAACCAGAUACUCCCGGUGCUUCCUAGAUUCGAUAAUAAAUGAAAAUGACUGCCAUAAUGAAAUUGAAAGUACUGCAGGGACACUUGCAGGAGGUGAAUGGGUUUGAGAAGCCUAAGAUUGUGUAUGAACAGUAUGAAACUCCACCCCAUAUUGCAGCUGUUGCCCUUUACACUAUACAGACUCAAUAUGGCGACAUAGAGGAUAAACUAAUAUUGGAUGCAGGCUGUGGCCCUGGUAUCCUAGGCAUAGGGGCGUCGUUGCUGGGAGCAGGUUGUGUCACUGCAGUGGAUGUUGACCAUGAUGCACUCGACAUCCUUCAUGAUAACAAAAAAGAAAUGGAACUCACCAAUAUUGACGCCAUUCAAUGUGACUUCCUCACUCAAACUUGCAGAUGGGAUAAAUAUUUUGACACUGUGUUAAUGAAUCCACCAUUUGGGACCAAAAACAAUGUGGGCAUUGACAUGAAGUUCCUGCAGAUGGGAGUCCAGUGCAGCAGUGGUGCAGUUUACUCUCUACACAAGUCUUCUACCAGGUCUCAUAUAGAGAAGAAAAUCAAGGAAUGGGGGUUAAACGGGAGUGUCAUAGCCGAACUACGGUACGACCUGCCAGCUACUUACAAAUUCCAUCGCAAGCAAUCGCUAGACAUCGCCGUCGACCUGUGGCGGAUACAUCAUACACGCAAAUAGAAUGUUUAUACAAUGGUUAUACAUACAACAUUUUAUACAUAAUCAAAUUUCAAAUGGAAUGAAGCUAUAAGUGAUGUAAAGAUUUAUACUUAUAAAUAAUAUUGAUUGUAAAAAGGCAUUAUUAUGGAAUAAUAAUCAUACAUUUAAUGAACAUGCAUCUACCCUAAACGUUUCUGGGCGCGUCUUUAUUAAAUGUAUGAAGUAAAAGAAAAUAAAAAUCAGUACUAUUAAAAA